UUGAACAGCUUUAUUGUCCCAUUUUGAAUUAUAAACACUCCUCUCCUGGUCUCCUGGCUCUCUCUAGUCUCUACUCAUCUCUUCCAUUCACAACACAUUCUAUCUGUUAUUUCUCGUGAUUCUAGCAAAUCUCAGCAACUUUUCCACAGCUAAACAAAUAUGAGUCUUCAUCGAUUGAUUCAUAUAACUUUACCCCUUCAUAUCUGCAGAAAUUGAAUUCUCUAAAUUAAUCAAGCAGAUUUGAUCGACGAUACAGAUGGAUCAGAUUUAUUGAAGUGAAUCAACUGACUAGUAUAGUCCUGAUCGAUUAUAUCAAAUGAGGAGCGAGAUCGGGCGGAGGACUACGGUGGAGGAGAGAGAAGACGAGAAGCGGAGGAAGACGGCGGCGGCGACUGAGGACGAUGAAGUCGGAGAUAAGGAGUACGAAAUGGUAGAUGUUAGGGAUCACGGGCGGUUUGGAAUACGACGUCGCAGCGUGUUCACAUUGUUGGCGUGGGACUCAGGGGAGCUGGACUCGACUCACAGGGGUUUCAAUUUCAAUAGAGACACAGUCAUCGAUGGCAUCAAAGAUCUCUGCAUCCAUCCACAAAACAGAUGGUAUCGCACUUGGGAGAAAUUCAUAUUACUAUGGGCAAUUUACUCUUCUUUCUUCACACCCAUGGAAUUUGGCUUCUUCAGAGGAUUACCAAAUCACUUCUAUUUACUCGACAUAUUUGGUCAAACAGCUUUCUUCAUCGACAUUGUCCUUCUCUUCUUCGUUCCUUACAGAGACACUCGAACCCACAAAUUAAUCUAUAAUCGAAACCUAAUAGCUCUUCGGUACUUAAAAUCUCAUUUCAUCUUCGAUUUACUUGCAUGCAUGCCUUGGGAUAAUAUUUACACGGCAUUUGGGAAAAAAGAAGAAGUGAGAUACCUUUUGCUGAUUAGACUAGUGAGAGCCCGGAAGGUUCUAGAUUUCUUUUCCAAAUUGGAAAAGGACAUACGCGUCAAGUAUCUGUUUUCUAGGGUUCUAAAACUCAUUGCUGUUGAACUCUACUGCACACAUACAGCAGCUUGCAUAUUCUACUAUUUAGCUACAACUCUUCCACCUAAUGAAGAAGAAUACACAUGGAUUGGAAGCCUUAAACUCGGUGACUACAGCUACUCCAACUUCAGACACAUUGAUCUUUGGACGCGAUAUAUCACAUCCUUAUAUUUUGCAAUUGUUACCAUGGCAACUGUCGGUUAUGGUGAUAUACAUGCGGUGAAUUUAAGGGAGAUGAUAUUCGUAAUGGUGUAUGUCUCAUUUGACAUGGUUUUGGGUGCUUAUUUGAUUGGUAACAUGACAGCUUUAAUCGUGAAAGGAUCGAACACAGAAAGAUACAGAGAUAGAAUGGCGGAUCUUCUUAAAUAUAUGGAUCGAAAUAAAUUAGGAAAAGAUAUUCGUAAUCAAAUCAAAGAUCACAUGCGAUUACAAUACGAUAGCAACUACACUGAUUCUGCUGUUAUUCAAGAUCUUCCGACUUCUAUUCGUGCUAAAAUAUCGGCAACUCUGUAUAAGUCAUAUAUUGAAAAGGUUUCUCUUUUCAAGGAAUGCUCUUUGGAAUUCAUCAAUCAUAUCGUAACACGAGUGCAUGAAGAGUUUUUUCUUCCUGGAGAAGUGAUUAUGGAACAAGGGAUUGUUGUUGAUCAACUUUAUUUCGUCUGCCAUGGAAACCUGGAAGAGGUAGUUAUACAUGAAGAUGGAUCAGAAGAAAUAGUAUCAAUUCUAAAACCUCAUGAUUCUUUUGGAGAUGUUUCAAUUAUAUGCAACAUUGCCCAAUUAUACACAGUUAGAGUUCUUGACCUUUCUCGACUUUUGAGAAUUGAUAAACAAUCUUUUUCCAAUAUCCUUGACAUAUAUUUUCACGAUGGAAGAAAAAUUCUCAACAAUUUACUAGAGGGUAAACAAGGUGAUAAUCACAUGAAAGAUAUGGUAACAGAUAUCAAAAUUCAUAUUGGAAUGCAAGAAGCCGAACUUGCAUUAAGAGUCAAUAGUUCAGCUUAUAGUGGAGAUUUAUCUCAUUUAAAAAGUUUAAUUCGAGCUGGAGCUGAUCCAGAUAGAAAAGAUUAUGAUGGAAGAACACCACUGCAUCUCGCAGCAUCAAAAGGGCACGAAAAUAUAACUCUUUUCCUAAUUCAACAAGGCGUAGAAGUCAACGUUUUUGAUAAUUUUGGGAACACGCCGUUAUUUGAAGCGAUUAAGAAUGGGCAUGAUAAGAUUGCUUCGUUAUUAGUGAAACAUGGUGCUUCAUUCAAAAUAGAAGAUGCUGGAAGUUUCUUGUGUUCAUCAGUAUCAAGAGGAGAUAUAGAUUUUAUCAGAAGGGUUUUGUCAAAUGGUGUUGACCCAAAUUCAAAAGAUUACGACUUUAGAACUCCACUUCAUGUUGCCACGUCACAAGGAUCUUAUGUAAUAGCGAAGAUGCUAGUUGAAGCAGGGGCUAAUGUUUUAUCAAAGGACAGAUGGGGGAAUACUCCAGUUGAUGAAGCGAGAUUAUCUGGAAACAAAAUAUUGAUGAAAUUAUUAGAAGAAAGAAAGUCUUUUCAGAUGUCUGAAUUUCCUUCAUGCUCUCAAGAAACAAGAGAUAAAAUGUCACGAAAGAAAUGUACAGUAUAUGCGUUUCAGCCAUGGGAAAUAAAAGAUGAAAGAAAAUAUGGAGUUGUGUUGUGGGUCCCGGACACCAUUGAUGAACUCAUGAAAACAGCAGCUGAGCAUUUGAAGUUGGAGCUUUCUACUGGUUUUUGUAUUGUAACAGAAGAUGUAGGUAAGAUUCUUGAUGUGAAUAUGAUUACAGAUGGACAGAAGAUAUACUUAAUCACUAUUGACACAUGAGUUUUGUAUCAUUUGCAAAGUUUUGUCAUUGUUGCAAUAUAAAAACAUAUGGUUUCCAUGGGGAUUAAAAGAUAAACCUACUUUAUGUCUA